AUGCACUCCACUCCACCUCCACCUUAUCCUGGAGGUGAAGCACCUGCAGACGAUGUGACCCUGAAAGAUGACACGAUAGUUCCGGAAAAGAAAAAGGAACCAAGCCCAUCUGCGGCGAAGCCUGCUGCAGCUUCAGCAAGCUCACAUCCACCUACUAAUCCACCUAUUGAAAAUAGAACAGGCAGCACCGAACACACCGUUACCCUACUCUACCGCGCCGACUACACCGCAACUUAUCCAGGGUCAAGCGCAGCCAAUGCAAUUUUCGGCACAGCCAGGAUAGGAGCUCCUGGAAUGCCGUGUGUGGGAUCUCCCCCAACAAUUCAGCCCACUAUGGCAUAUGCGGCCGCACCGGCAGCUAUGCCAGGAUACACAGCGCCUAUGCAAAUGCCACAAAUGUUUCCGCAACAGCCAACAAUGCCAAUGAAUUCGAUGGGAAUGCCCGGAGGGAUAGGUACAGCGCCUACCCAGGCAGGUGGAAUCAAUCUCGUCGUAAACACAAAUGCAAAUGCGAAUUCGGACUCUAAUGCCAAAAAUGGCUCGUCGCCGCCUCCAAAACCAGCGCCAAGACCAUGCCCAAAAUGCCGACUUGGCUAUAUUACACGCGGACAAGCGCGAUUCAGAGAGAUCUACCAUAUUUCCUAA